UCAAUCUUGUACCCAGAACAGUGACUGUACAACACUGGAGCCUCUGGCCAGUUGCAGCGGUGGCGUCUGUUCCUGUCCGCCAGCGUACAGUGUUUCAGGAACGCAGUGCAUAAUGGUGCCAGUGGGGUUGGGUGGCACCUGUGUUGUGAAUGCCCAGUGCCAAGCAAAUACCAUGAACUCUACAUGUAAUCCAAGCAACAUGACAUGUGUGUGUCAGCCUCACUUCAACGUCAACGCUUCGGGGAAUGGCUGCCUAUUUGAUUACGCAGGUUAUGGCUUCACCUCAUACAAUGGUCGCUAUGUGUACCACUUAGUGGGCGGUCCGACACCUUCCACCUGGAACUAUGCAUUCGUCUUCUGCACGUGGAUCAUGUCCAGGAUGUUCAUACCUCGUAAUUCCGCUGAAUGGGACUGGAUGGAACAGACGACAAGAACCUUCUUAGACACAUACGUUUACUUCCCUAUCAAUGACAAGUCUAAUGAGGGCAACCCAGUGUGGAACAAUGGCACAAGUGAGGGGAAAAAUGGGGUGAUGAGUGAACGUAUUGGUUUAUUAUAAGGGGGUGAUGUUUACUGUAUGAGAGAUACAUGCUGGCUAUCGUUAGAAUAAUGUGCGCUAUUUUAGUGUGUGUGUGUGUGUGUGUGCUCCCCUAUUUGUAGUUGAAGGGGUUGAUUCUCAGCUCAUCACCCUGCCUCUUAACUUUCUACUCUUCAGACUUACUCCCUCUUAGCCUCGUGGGCCCUAUCGUACCUGUUCUUACAACUAAUGUGUGUGGGUGUGUAUUCCACCUCUCAACUUGCCACUUGCCAAAUUCAGAACUGGAAUAAUAUUUGUAGGUCUCUGGGCUACAGGUACUGUGAGGGGCCCCGGGCCUUACAGGUACUGUGAG